AUGCCAGUGGAAGCAGCAGACAGCCCAGAAGUCCCCUGUCCUGUUAGGCGCAGUGGGAGACAGCCUAAGCGCACUGACAAACUUGAAGAGUUCCUCUCCACUGCCAAAAGAGCCGCAAGAAAGAGUGCCCCUCCUAGUCUUGAAGGUGGGGAUCCUCCUUCACAAACUCCAACAGAUGCUGAAACAGCCUCUGAGGCAAGCUGUGAUGGAAGUACUGAAGCAAAGGCAGAGUCUCCGGAGCGGAGAACAAGGAGUGGAGCAAGAAAGCAGUAUCAGAGGAAAACACAAGGACUAAGGCAAACCAGAAACAGAAGUGAAGCGGUUGCCAAAGAUGAGGCUAGUUCUGGGAAUGAAGAGGAGAGCAAAGAGGAAGAACCAUCCCAAACUCAAGAUAUUGUUAAACCAGAACCCGCUGAAGAUGGUCAAACUAUUCUUAAUAACACUAAUGUCAUAGAGCCACCGAUGGCAACACAGACAGGGCCUCCCCCCGUACAACAGACUGCACCUCCUACCGCACCACAGGCAGUGCCACAGACUACACCUUCCACAGUGCCACAGAUGCCUCAGAUGCCUAUCUGCAAGAAGGAAGACAAAAACAGCAAGGAACCAAUCAAAACUGAAGAUGAAGUAUCCGAUAAGCCUGCAGUAUUGGUAAAACGUGGGCCCAUAAGAACAUAUAUCAAUAAAAAAAGAGCUGCUAGCAAGAACACUACUCCUGUUAAAAGCGCAUCCCCUGCAAACAAGGCUACCAGCACAAAAGAAAACAACAAACGAGCCUCAACAACAGGCAAGCCCCAGAAAGAAGAGCUGGAAGACUCCUCCUCUACUUCUACUACCUCCUCUUCAGACGACUCUGAUGAUGGAGGCUAUGACCCAAAUGCGCUCUACUGCAUCUGUAGACAAAAACACAAUAAACGGUUUAUGAUUUGCUGUGAUCGAUGUGAAGAAUGGUUUCAUGGCGAUUGCGUUGGCAUCACUGAAGCUCGGGGGCGACUAAUGGAGAGAAAUGGAGAAGACUAUAUUUGCCCAAAUUGUACUGUGAAGAAAAGCCAGCUUGUGAGACCCGCAACAUCUGCUUUGUCUACAAGCUGUACCAAACCAAAGGCUGUGAAUGACACUCCUGCCUCUGUCACGUCUCCUGAACAUGAGCCUUCUAAGGACCUUGUGCCCACCAAUCAGACUGGCCAGCUCCUACAAGCCACUCCACUCUCAGCAUUGUCUACAGUUGAAGAGAAGUCUGUAGACGAUCUGGGAAUCAAGGGGAGGAUAGAGAAGGCUUCUAAUCCCACAGGAAAAAAGAAAAUAAAGAUUUUUCAACCGCAGGUAAUGCAGUUGGCGGCGGAACUCAAAGCUGAGAAGUUGGCUGCAGUAUCCAAGGUCGAGCCCAAAGCCCCACCGAACGUUGACGACAGAGUAGCUUCAAAUGUGGAUGCGGAUUCAACGACGGCUACUGAGGAGCAGGCUUCGGACAAAACUGACGAUGCUGCCCCCAAAUGUAUAGGACCUGGAUGUGAAAAGAAUGCCCAGCCUGACUCGGUUUAUUGUGGAAAUGACUGCAUCCUGAGACAUGCCGCUGCCACCAUGAAGUCUAUCUCUGAGCCCAGUCAGAAGGACAAGACCAAGCCUCAAAAGUCGAAAACCAAGAGUGCCACACAUGGUAAGAAAAGACGCAAGAUGGAAAGUGAUGAAGACUACAGUCCGGAUUCAGAGGAUGAGGAUGACGAAGACGCUCAUGCAGAGGAACAGCCCCCCCCUCCUUCCACUGCAUCCUGGUCCAGUGACCAUAAUUACAUUGCUGCCACUCCAGAAAAGACUACAUCUAUAUCAACUACAGUGUUAAACAAAACGUCUCCACCAACGCUCCCUGAGAACGAACCGAAAGUGAAGCAGGUUCAGACGGCACCUGAGACACCUGCCACUCCCGUUACUCCAGUCAAGCCAAAGAAAUCAUCCUCUCCACCCCCCAAGACCUCAAAGGGUUCAUCCAAGAGUAAAAAGUCAAGUCGUGAAUCCAGCAGCUCAAAAGCCUCAAAGAAACCUGUAACACCGCCAAACAAAACUAAUUCCAAGUCCAAAAAAGGCAGCCCUGCCCAGAGCCCCUCGACGCACCCUGCUGGGCCCAUCCAUGUCACAGGAGCUCUGAGAGUCUCCAAGUCCAACUUCACCAUACCCAAAAAGCAGCCGCAACAAAAGGACACUCGGCAACCAACUCGAUCGUCGUCCUCACCCUCCAAAAACGCCACCUCUUCAAGUUCUUCUGCUCACCACCAUCACUCAUCUGCCUCGAGACACGCUCAUUCCAGCUCCUCACCUGCACCACCUGCAGCUCCCGUGCCUCCUCCACCCAACAACCAGAUGAGACAGAACAUAAGGCGCUCACUGACGGACAUCCUGUAUAAGAGGGUGAGCGACAGUGACGAUUUGAAAAUGGGAGAGAGUGAAGUGGGAAAGCUUGCAUAUGCCAUUGAGAGAGAAAUGUUUAACCUGUGUCUAAGCACUGACAGCAAAUACAAGAACAAGUACAGAUCUCUCAUGUUGCACCUGAAAGAUCCCAAAAACAAAGGCUUGUUUUACAGGGUUGUUGGAGGAGAGGUUACUCCUUUCAGACUUGUGAGACUAAGUUCAGAAGAGCUGCUCUCAAAGGAGAUAUCAGAGUGGAGGAAGACAGAGGUUUCUGAGUCUCCAAGAUCUAAACACAGACACGGCUCCACCUCCCGUAGCAUGGACCUGGAGGAUGCUCCUCCUGCAUCAGACGCAGAUGUAUGUAUCGCUACUUCCACUUCCUCCUCUCGUUUGGCUUCUUCUGCUGAUGAUGAUUCCAGCACGACACAACCAGGUUCCUCUUUGCCGUCAGCUGAAGGGGGAAACAUGCCUGAUAUUUUCACCAGUAUGCUCAAAGACACCACUUCAGAACAUCGGACUCACUUGUUUGACCUCAACUGUAAGAUUUGUACAGGUCAAAAAAAAGAAGAAGAGUUGGCAGUGAAGAAGGAAAAACAGAUGAGAAAAGAGACAAAACCUUUGAGACAAGAACCGACCCCCACAAGGACUGGAGAGGCAUCACCCGCACCCCAAGCCCAGCCUUACCAACACCAAGAGGCCUAUACCUACCAACCCACUCCCAUUGUGUACAAGCCAGCCAACGUGGACCUUCCAAUACCAGAACAGCCAUUGCCAGUUCACCAGGAAGACCCCAGUCUCUUAGUGCCACCUGUGGCUGCCGCUUCUGUGUCUCCUGCUGUCUCCUCUGUGACCAUCACUCGCAGGGACCCUCGGAUGGCCCGGCAUGGCUCUGCUGCAACUGCUCCAGACAAACCGCCAACUAACAAUGCAACAGAGACUAUACUGCCGUCUGUCUCUGUUCCUGUGGAUCUGGGGACAAAAGUUGCUUUACCAAUGCCCCCCGCACCCCCACCUGCUAUGGCUGUGACUAAAACAGUUAAAGCAAACUCUGAGCCACCACCUGAAGGAGAAACUGCAAUCUUCCUUCACGGGCAAGAAAAGAUCUGGAAAGGAAUUAUGGAAAUGGAAAAAGUAGCAAGAUUUGUGACCAAAGCUUUCCUUGUGUCUGGAUCCUUUGAACAUCUUAAAGAGGAUUUGCCGGAUGUUAUUCACAUAGGCGGUAGAAUACCUCCUCAUACUGUGUGGGACUACGUUGGGAAACUUAAAACCUCAUUGACCAAGGAGCUCUGUUUGAUUCGCUUCCACCCAGCCACAGAAGAAGAGGAGGUGGCCUAUGUCUCACUGUAUUCGUAUUUUAGCAGCAGGAAGCGAUUUGGGGUAGUUGCCAACAAUAAUCGUCGCAUCAAAGACCUAUAUCUUAUCCCACUUAGCUCAAAAGACCCAUUACCACCAAAACUACUGCCCUUUGAUGGUCCAGGACUUGAGCCAGCCCGCCCCAACCUCCUCCUUGGACUGUUGAUCUGUCAGAAAGACAGGAAACGUGCAGAUCCCAUUGUGAAGCAGUUUGCACUAUCCAAAGACAAGGAUAUGAUUGAGGAUGAUGAUCGACCUUACGAUCCAGAAGAAGAGUAUGACCCCAGCAACGAUGCUCCUGAAGAAUUGGAGUCUGCUCAUGAACCAGACACAGCAAAGUCUGAGGACACAAUGAAAAGUGAGACACUCCCCUUCAUUAUGGAGUCUGUCAAGGACGAGGUGUCCAUUCCUUUGUUAGGAGAGGAACUGGAAGCUGAUAUGGAGGCCAUGGACCUCCUCCAAUGCAAGGGGCUGCUGUCCAACCGUUUGGCCCGCCACCUCCUGGAACUUUCCCGUCCUAUCCCAACCAGUGGUCUGCCUCGCAACCCCCCCUUCAACAGUUGCCUCCUGGUCCUCCUCCAAACAUGA